CAUUACUACAAAAUCCUGCUGCAAAUCAAAUUCCAACUCAAACCUAUGUUCCAGUAGACAAUGUUUCUUUGAAUUUACCUCAAAAUGAUACAGAAUGGUUUGAUAAUAUAGAAGAUAAAUAUAAUAUAAAUACUGAUAAAAAAUAG